GAAUUUUUAGGGUUUGUGAAUUCUGAAAGCAAUGGACAUUGAUGCUUCAACAUUGGUAGGAGCAGUGCCAAUGCAAAUGGACGCUGAGGAAUCGACAAACAAAAAUUCAAAGGGCAAAGAGAAAGAGGAUCUCACAGAUUCAAUGGAGAAACUGAACAUUGAAAAAUCUUCACCUCAGUUCAAGCGGAAACCAGUAAUCAUCAUAGUGGUUGGAAUGGCAGGAAGUGGAAAAACGACAUUCCUUCAUCGAUUGGUUUGCCAUACCCAAGCUUCAAACAUCCGCGGUUAUGUCAUUAACCUUGACCCAGCUGUUAUGACCCUUCCUUUUGGUGCCAACAUUGAUAUAAGAGAUACUGUUCGAUACAAGGAAGUCAUGAAGCAGUUCAAUCUGGGUCCUAAUGGGGGAAUACUGACAUCACUUAAUUUGUUUUCUACGAAGUUUGAUGAGAUCAUAUCAGUCAUUGAGAGGAGAGCAGACCAGCUUGAUUAUGUUCUUGUGGACACUCCAGGGCAGAUUGAGAUAUUUACAUGGUCAGCUUCAGGAGCAAUAAUUACUGAAGCAUUUGCUUCAACUUUCCCUACAGUAAUUACAUAUGUGGUUGAUACACCUCGUUCAGCAAGCCCUGUUACUUUCAUGAGCAAUAUGCUCUAUGCAUGUAGCAUUCUCUAUAAGACACGGUUGCCUCUAGUUUUGGCUUUCAACAAGACUGACGUGGCUCAACAUCAGUUUGCUUUGGAGUGGAUGGAAGAUUUUGAGGUGUUUCAUGCUGCCUUGGAAUCUGACAAUUCAUACACAUCAACUCUGACAAGAAGUCUUUCACUUGUCCUUGAUGAGUUCUACAAGAAUCUCCGGUCUGUUGGAGUGUCUGCUGUUUCUGGUGCUGGAAUGGAGGCUUUCUUUAAUGCUAUUGAAGCUAGUGCUAAUGAGUAUAUGGAUACGUAUAGGGUUGAUCUUGAUAAGAGACGGGCAGAGAAGCAACGGUUGGAGGAGGAACGCCAGCGAGAGAACAUGGAUAAGCUGAGGAAGGACAUGGAGAAAUCCCGUGGAGAAACUGUGGUGUUGAGCACUGGCUUAAAGGACAAGGCCGUGAUGGAGGAAGAUGAAGAGGACGAGGCAGAAGAUGAAGAUGAUUAUGUGAGGUCUACGGAGGAGGAGGAGGAUGAUGAUGAUGGCAGAAUAGAUGAGGAUGAGGAUGAAGAUGAAGAAGUUUCUAGGUUUUCCUUUUAAUUGUCAGACUUCUUGGACAUAGUUUCUAUAUACCAGUUUUUGUGCAAAAUGAAUGCUGAGCAGUGACUUGGCUGAGUUA